AUGCGAGGAACUGGAGCAGAUGACUAUGUUUCCCCUGACGGUGUUGGUUAUCUAUACGGGAAUUCACACAAUCCGCCGUAUUGGGAGCCUGUCGGACUGGAAAUCUUCAAUGGUGGCGUGAUACGCAAAGCGUUCCAUCUGGUGGACUUCAAUGGAGAUGGCAAGUGUGACCUUUGGCUUGUUGAUGGAGAUUCUGGAGCGGCGGAAGUGUGGAUCAAUAUGUGGAAUUCAACUGCAAUGAAUUGGAAUAAACGUGGUGUGGUCACCGGGGAAUAA